AUGUAGUAAAAAAAUAGAACAGGAUGUCUCGUUGCUGUCCUUUAUUGGAAGAUAUCAGGUGACACUCUGAGAAGAAGAUAAGAGGCAAUAUUAACAGUCUCAAGAGCCCGCUGUGAUUAUUCAUAGACGGAAAAGACAGGUGCAAAUGAGGUUCAUUUUCGCGUUCGUUGUAUUUGCCGAUCUCUGCAUCAGUAGGGCGCUUGCCUCUCCAGCUUCGCGUGCUGUCCAGUUGCCCGGAUGUCCUCCCAUCGUCACGCGACAUGACUGGGGUGCGCGCGCACCAACCAGUUCAAUCGGCCGUCUUCCCAGCACCCCGAAAUACAUGUUCAUUCACCACGGCGCAUCUGGAUUCUGCCACACGAAGGCAGAGUGCACACACGUGGUGAAGUCCUACCAGAACUAUCACAUGGACGGGCAUGGUUGGUCUGACAUCGGAUACAGCUUUGUGGUGGGAGAGGACGGCAAUGUGUACGAGGCCAGAGGCUGGGAUGAAAUUGGCGCUCAUACACUUAAUUACAACUCCGUUGGCCUGGCUAUUUGCGUUAUCGGCGACUUUACGCAUCGCGUGCCGAACGACGCUGCCCUGAACGCCGUCAAGCAGUUGAUCAAGUGCGCCCAUGACAACCACAAAAUCACCGCCACCUACACGCUCCGGGGCCACAGGGAUGUGGGGCAGACGGCGUGCCCUGGGGACAAGCUGUACGAGCUAAUAAAGACGUGGCCCCACUAUUAACUCUCGUGCGUUAUGAUGUAUGGCUUUCUGUCCGCACAUGUAUAACAUAUAUUUGGCAAUAAAACAAUAACAUAC